UUUAAAGGAUUAAAGCAAGGGCUUUGGGUGUAUUUGCUUGUCUGUGACUUCAGACAGCUGUUAACUGGUGCCUCUUGGUACUGGGAAUCAUGUCAUACCUAACCAUUUAGUAUCUUUGGAUAUUCAUUGCCAAGUAUCUCUGUAAUUAAAUUAGUUGUGUGCAACCUUCUGAGAAACGCUUCAGCAUGUGCUUAAAUGUGGAAUACUUCCUCUCACGUUGCUGAGUCUGUUCAUGCGUUUAAGGGUUUACAGAACUGGGACUUGUGCUUUUAUCCAGUAAUUAUCAAUGCCAUUCAGUGUCGUAGCUAUCCUGAUGUGACUCUGUGUGUGUGUCUCACAAACACACCCUGUAACCUUGGAAGCUAACGUAGAGAGAUACGGGCAUCUUGGAAAGUGUCUCACCUUUUUGUAAAGUAUAGAAGUCCAAAUAAGGACAUUGUAGCACCACACGUGUAUGUAAUGCCCUUUAAAACAAAAUUCCCAGGAAUUACUUUCAGAAAUGAAAAAGCAUAGGAAGAAAAUUGUAAAAUGAAAAUGCAAGCAGAAAUCCGAGCUUUUCUGUGGAGAGUGAUAAGAAUUUAUGCAAUAAAUAAAAAAGGCAUUAGAAUAAAUUCCAGCAGAAAUGAAAAAUUUUGGUGCUUCUGUGCAUGUAGUCAUAUUGUCCCUUUUAAAAUCUAUACUGUAGGCUCUUCUAAAUCCCAUUCAAUUCCAGAAUUUGUUAUAUUCAUCAGGACUUCAGUAAGGCUUUAGCUAUCUUAACUGAUGUUAGCAGCCAUCUUAACUGUUGUAUUAUGAUUAAUUCAGAUGACUGUGCAUUUAGAUGGCCACACUAGAUCAGCAAUAUUCCUUGGAAAAGCAACUAGUCAUUCCAGCCCAUUCUAAGACGAUGAAGACCACAGAUACCUUUAAAAGUUCACUGGAAUAAUGAUAAAAAAAGAAUCUGGUGCCACCUAGGGUCAAAGGAAGAGACUGACUUUUUGUAAGCAUUGACAGUGUCCAGCCUUGAAGCUGUGUUGAUGUCUGCAGAUUUGAGUUUUCUCCAGAUUUGCAAUAAGGCUAUAGAUUUAAUUCAAGAAAUAUGCCAGAAUGUUAGUAUUUGAGAGUUUUCAGGAAGUUAUGUGAUACAGCCACUGGAGCGCUGGACUGGCAUUUUGAAGUCUCUUUCUCCCUUUCUGCACUUAUCAGUUAGUUAAAUGAUCUCACAUAAAUCUUUUUAUUCUUCUGGGUCACACUGGCCCUAUCUAUAAAAUGCAGGUAAUAAUUUGCAUUGUAAAAGAAUAUUCUGAAGUCUGCUGGCGCUGCAUUAAAACUAGGUGAUGGUAUUUGUGGUAAACUAAUUGGGAGUAAAGUCUGAGUUUCUACUUUGUUUUAAGAAUGGCCUAGACCUACUCAGAUGGACUUCUGUAAUCCCUAAACGUAGAACAUAAUGAUUUAACAAAAAGAAGGAAGAAUUAUGAUUCUACCACCAAAUCUUAUCUUACAUUGCCUCCAUAUGAAAACAAAUAAAAGAGUAGUAUAGUAUCUGAUAGCUUUACAGCAAAAGGGAAACCAGUCUCAGCUGUGCUACUAACAGUGCUGUGGCUACUAGUCCUUGUCUAUGGCAGCGAUCGCUUUGUUUCUGUCUAGACUGGUAAGCACCACUUGUGGCUACUGCUUCCCUAAAACAUCCUUUUGUUCUCCGUCAGAACUCUCCCAAGGAUCCCCUCAAACGGUACGAAGAGACUUUGGCUUAGCUGUAACACACAGGUUCUCUACAAAGUCUUGGUUAUCUCAGAUUUGCCAAGUCUGUCAGAAAAGCAUGAUGUUCGGGGUGAAGUGUAAGCACUGCAGAUUAAAAUGUCACAACAAAUGUACUAAAGAGGCACCUGCUUGUAGAAUAUCCUUCCUUCCCAUAACAAAAAUAAGAAGAACAGAGUCUGUCCCUUCAGAUAUCAAUAAUCCAGUAGACAGACCAACAGAACCACAGUUUGGAACUCUUCCCAAAGCACUAACUAAAAAGGAGCAUCCACCAGCAAUAAAUCAUCUGGACUCUAGCAGUAAUCCUUCUUCUACAACAUCAUCUACACCAUCUUCUCCAGCACCUUUCCAGUCUUCUAACCCUCCCAGUGCAACACCUCCCCCAAACCCAUCUCCUAUGGGCCAGAGGGAUGGGCGGUUUAACUUCCCAGAAAUUCCCAGUCCUGCACAAAUAGCACAACCUCCAGAAACUGCUGCAGACACUAAUGCUGAUCAGCAGCCAGAGACCGAUGGAGUCGAAUGUGAAGCAGAGGUAGAAGAACCGGAGACUAAUAAAUCGGAACCUGAAGAUGACGAGGAUGAGGUGGAAGAUUUGCCAAACAGACGGCCACACUUGCAAGGGAUGAUCUAUCGCAAACCUAGCCAGACCAGCGUCUACCUGCAGGAAUGGGACAUUCCCUUUGAACAGAUCGAACUGGGGGAUCCUAUUGGCCAAGGACGGUGGGGGAAGGUUUACAAGGGGAAAUGGCACGGGGAAGUGGCCAUCAGGCUCUUGGAGAUAGACGGGAACAAUCAGGAUCAUCUCAAGCUCUUUAAAAAGGAGGUGAUGAACUACAGGCAGACCCGGCAUGAGAACGUGGUACUUUUCAUGGGAGCAUGCAUGAACCCUCCUCAUCUAGCAAUCAUUACCAGCUUCUGCAAAGGAAGGACGCUUCACUCGUUUGUAAGGGACCCCAAGAUAUCCCUGGAUAUUAACAAAACCAGGCAGAUAGCACAGGAGAUCAUUAAGGGCAUGGGGUAUCUUCACGCAAAGGGGAUUGUGCAUAAGGAUCUGAAAUCCAAGAAUGUUUUCUAUGACAAUGGGAAGGUUGUGAUCACUGACUUUGGAUUAUUUGGAAUUUCGGGUGUGGUUCAGGAAGGAAGGAGGGAGAAUGAAUUGAAGCUGCCUCAUGACUGGUUAUGUUACCUGGCCCCUGAAAUUGUUCGUGAGAUGGCCCCUGGGAAAGACGAAGACAAGCUGCCUUUCUCCAAAGCUGCAGAUAUCUAUGCCUUUGGGACUGUGUGGUAUGAGCUCCAAGCCCGAGAAUGGCCUUUCAAGAACCAGCCUGCAGAGGCACUCAUCUGGCAGAUUGGGAGUGGCGAAGGAGUGAAACAAGUCCUUGCAACUGUUAGUUUGGGGAAAGAAGUCAAUGAAAUUCUCUCGGCGUGCUGGUCGUUUGAUCUCAGUGAGAGACCUAGCUUCACUGUCCUCAUGGAUAUGCUUGAAAAACUGCCAAAAUUGAAUCGUCGGCUCUCCCACCCAGGGCAUUUCUGGAAGUCUGCUGACAUUAACAGUAGCAAAGUUGUCCUGCGUUUUGAAAGAUUUGGCUUGGGAAUCCUGGAACCAAGUAAUCAAAAGAUAUAGCGUGGUGUGUAAUUGUCUUGUGAUAAGGUUGUCUGCCUGCUUACACAAAGCCUCAGAAAUCUUCACUGAAUCUUCCAAGCUAUGACACUGGUGCAGCCGCAGCUGAAAGCCGCACGACCAUCGGUUCACAGUCCUGGGUUGUUCGUAAAGUCUGAAUUCUGCCUGAGCACCAGCAGUUAUUUAAAGAAUGUUUACAUGAUACUUUUGUGUGAACUAUAUUUUUUAAAACAUAAUAAACAGUGAAUCAAGUUUAACGACAGCCAUUCUCAAAUAGCACUGAAAAGAAGAACUAUUUCUAGUUCAUUCUUGUGUCUGUGGUGAAUAGGAGCUAUCAUCUGCCUCGAAAGCGUUUGUUUUCCCUCAGACAAGUGGAACUGCCUUGUUUCGGAAUGGCAAUGCAUCUAGCACGAGGGGCCGGAGCUUUUUCUUUCAUUAAGGUAAAAAUCAAUCUAUUGCAUUGUGAUUCGCCCAAACCAAUCACUGAGCUCUGAGGUUUGUUUCAGCAGGAUUGGUCCAAGCUCCGAGUUACCUUGAAUUAAGUUACACUCGUACAAAUCUACUGCUGGCAGGAGAGUUUCUGAUCAUGUAGGCUGUGUCUCAAUUAACGACUCUUCUACACAGAACUCACAAUAAAAGCUGCUUGUUCUCAUACAAUCCCCUAGGAAGCUUAAGAGUUGCUAGCCUUUAAAAAAAUAAAACCAUGACUUGUUCUAGAUCUGCGCACAGGGGCCACAUUCUUCUUUUGUAGGCACAAGUUGUAGUCCCUGAAACUAGCAGCAGUUCUGGAAAUAGAACACUGACCCGCCAGACGUGACUCUUACUGCCCUAAUCGCUAUUUCAUUUAUAGGAGAAAAGAUGUUUUCCAGAGUUGCAGGGAGAGGCAAGAGACAAGGGAAAAAGCCAUCCUGAAAUAAUGCAAUAAAUAAGGUCUUGCUGCACAGAGCUUGUUAAGAGAUUCAAAGUCAUUCACUCACACAGAGCUCUUAGAGCCGGUCACAUUUAAGUUUGCGAGCUGUUUGUUUUAAAACUAGGAAUGACAGAAAUCUUGCAACCAGGAAAGUUGCCUCUUGGUCUAGAGGAUCUGACUCAACAGCUCAGACUUGUUUCAAAGGUUAAUUUUAAGAUGACCCCACACGCACACACAACGUGUAACAUGCAGGUUAUUAGGCAUACCUCCAGUUACCACAUUUACGGUGCCAGUGCAUCGUCCCACCUGCACAUGAGCUGCAGGCAGUGUUAGCAAAGGCUCCCUCGUGCCUCCCCUUCACAUUCUUCUGCCAGCCGGGCAGCGGGAGAACCCUCGUCAUACACUGAGUGGUCAGAUCCUUUCUGUCCUUACAGUACUCCAUUUUGUUGAGAGAGUUCCUCAGGGCUCCCCGGAGUCACCAAAUGUCAUUUCCCCAACAGCACAGCACGUUGCACCCCCCGCUCCCCCUUUUGCCAUCAUCGCAAGGGUUUGGCAUGAGGCUCACGGGAGGAGCUGCGGUGUCCUGGGGAAGGCAGGCAGGGGGACAGGCGCUCCCUUGGGCUGCCUACGGGUGGCUGACUGGUAGAAAAUUAAGUGGCAAAAAAAUAAUUCCUGACUUCUUUUGAGCAGAGACCUUUGCUCCUACUAUGUGCAAAUCAGUUAUAUUCCCUUACAAAUACUUUGAUAGAGUGACUUUUUAAAUGUAUCUCAUAUAAAAGAAAAAAAUGGUUUGGUGGCAGCCAAGCAUGACACUGCGGUACUCUUUGUCCCCCGUCCUCUCCCCCAGCUUUACACAGCAAAUAAACCCCCUCCAACUAGACUGUGUUUUUAAUGUACACCACACGGUUCUCUUCAAGACUUGCUACUGUUUGCUCGCUCUCAAUAAUUUUGUGUGUCAGCAGUUUUAAGCAGAAGUUGUUUUCCCAGCAAAUACUGCUUAAAUAACAGCAGCACCACACAAGCCUAAAGCAGGAAGAACUGUGCUGCUUCGCACCAGUAACACGAGGAACCCAUCAGCUGAAACCCUGCAUAGGCUUCACUGUGCAUUUGCCUUAGAGAAGAGCAGAAGCUGCUGCUGGGUGCAAAUUGUUGCUUUGUAGCCUUGCAGGGCUCAGCAGCCCUUCAGGUAACUCCGUGUUUGAGGGCAGCAGCAGCCUCAGUGCGCUCCUCACUAUUUGUUUCUGCUAUCUGUGUGCAUAAAGCAGGUCCCAAAAACUGGGACACCCAGAACUUCUCAGUCGCCCAACGUGCAAAUAGACGGUGUUCCUCGUCUGUUUGUCAGCAGUAACGCUGCUGUGCAAAUGUGCAAGAGCAACGCUGGGAAAGCAAUAUAUUCUCAAUGUUUUUUCUAAUAAUAUGACUGGCUAGGAGAAGGACAGCCAGCACUGGAUGACCAGCCAGAUAAAAACAAAAUAAUUAAAACCCACCAUCUCUCCUUCCUACGACUGCCCUUGGGUGUAAUCCAAACACGGGCUGUGAAGACCUUCCAGCCCCAGAGGCACGCUGCCUCCUGCUUUAGGCAGGGCUUCCUCCCCUCUUCGGCAGAACUUGCUGUCCCUUCCUGCCGCACUUGGAGCACGCUGCUGGGGACUCAUCCCAGCUGAGCACUGCUGGUGGCUUCCCGCUGGGAAUCCUGCCCUGCUACUCCGGUCCUGGGUGCAGGAGGGGCUUCAAAACCUGCCUUUAAUCAUGAGAUUUGGGAUUCUACUUAGCCUGACCUUGGUUUUAUGUUUAACACCCAUAAAUUGCUGUGGAAAGCAAAGCCCAGCCUCCUGGGCCCAGAGACACCUUACUGUCUCUGGGACCAGUUUUGUUUUAAUCAGCUGGUGUAAGACACAUGAAAAUGGACCAAACCCAGUGGAGUUGCACAGCGGCGAGGGGAGCAGAGCUCUCUUACCCCUCAACACGUUGCAAACCAAGCGACAGUCGUUGGGUUGGGUUGUUUUAUGGUCACACGUACUGUCUCCUUGUGUGCUGGUGUAAGGGCGUGACGCACGGUAAGCCCGUACCGAUUUGGAGUUGUAAAUGUGAAGCUGGCUGUACAAUGCUGCUACAGAAGCCACACGUCAGUAGUGAAUGUAAAUGGAGUCUGUAAUAUGGUGAAAAUGGACACGUUUUCUUUUCAAAUGUGAUGUAAACUUUGUACAGUAAAAAUUUUUUUUUAUAUUUUCUAUCAACUGAGUGUCUUCCAGAAUUGCUAUUAAAUUAAUUAAAAAUUGUUAGUAUUAACAACAGUUUCUGUAUUAGUUUAUGCAACCAGCAAAAAAAAAAAAAAAGAAAAAGUGCACUCUAUGCUAAUGAAAUUCUGGAUAUGUAGGAAUCUUUUCAGUGAAUAAAC